UAGUCUCCAACUCCAACCUAAAAGUCAAAUGAUAUUAAAUGUUCUAGUUGAUUCCUUCCUCAUCUCUCGUCGGUUCUAUGCUUAUAUACGCAUUUCAAAUACUAUAAAUUAAAAACCUAUCUCACACAAACAUUACAAUCCAUUGAUAUCUUCAAAAACUAACAUGUCUCAAGAAAUUUGCAUUCUACCAUUUUACGGACAAGGCCAUCUUUUACCAUGCUUCCAACUAUGUAACCAUUUAACUUCCUCAAAUUUGCAUGUCACUCUUCUCAUCUCCUCCAAUCUCUCCACCUCCGUUCCCUCUUCUCUCCAUCAACACCCUCUCUUUCAACUCACCCUAAUCCCAUCGCCACCUCCUUCGCCGGAACACCACCACGAGCUUGCUAGAGGACUCCAAAAUAUCCUCGCUAACUACCAUCGUCCAACCUUACCCGUUUGUGCAAUUGUCGAUGCCAUGAUGAGCUGGUCAAUCGAUGUUUUCAAAGAGUUUAAAAUUCCAACGGUGGCGUUCUUAACCAAUGGCGCAUGCUCCGCCGCUAUGGAGGUCGCGGUAUGGAAAGCCCAGCCGCUAGACUUGAAACCCGGCGAAAUCCGCUUUCUUCCCGGCUUACCAGAUGACAUGGCGGUUACCUACUCAGAUCUAAAUCGACGUCAUCACAAGCCUCCUCAUCCUCAUCCUCAUCCUCAUCCGCAGCACGGUUUUCCUCCGCCUCCGCUUGGGUUUGGCCAUAGAAAGAGGGGCCCACCAAAAGAUGGAGAACAGCCACCAUGGCUGAAUGAGACACAAGAAGCAACUGCUUUGUUGAUCAACACGUGUGAUGAUCUGGAGCGUCCUUUUAUCAACUACAUCGCGAACUACGUCGGAAAACCAGUGUGGGGUGUUGGACCGCUUUUGCCAGAGCAAUAUUGGAAAUCCUCCGGUUCAGUUCUCCACGACAGUGAUUUCCGGUCGAACCGGUUAUCCAGCGUGACCGAGAAAGAAGUGAACCAGUGGUUAGAUUCAAAGCCACGUGGGUCAGUUUUAUACGUGUCGUUCGGUACAGAGGUAGGACCGACAUUAGAAGAAUACGCGGAACUAGCUCAAGCAAUGGAGUCAUGUGAGCAACCGUUUAUAUGGGUAAUCCAAUCCGGUUCAGGUAGACCGGGUCCAGGAAAACCGGAAGCAGACGAAGGAUAUUUUCCUCAUGGAUUGGAUGAAAGAGUUGGGAAUAGAGGUUUGAUAAUACGCGGUUGGGCGCCACAGCUGUUGAUACUGAGUCACAAAUCAACGGGUGGAUUUUUAUCUCAUUGUGGUUGGAAUUCGACACUGGAGGCUAUUGGACAUGGGAUUCCGAUGUUGGCAUGGCCUAUAAGGGGUGAUCAACACCAUGACGCUAAGUUGGUUGUGAGUCAUCUUAAGGUGGGUUACAUGGUUUCUGAUGAUCUAUCAAAAGAUGUGACCAAAGAUGAUAUAGUUAUGGGAAUAAAGAGGUUGAUGGGUGAUGGAGAAAUGAAGAAGAAUGCUGAAGUUCUUAGUGAAAAGUUUCGGAAUGGUUUUGCAAGAAGUUCGGUGGAUGCUUUAGAUGAUUUUAAGGAUUUUAUUAAUAAGAGAUUUGUUUAGUUAGGUUCCUUUGUUUUGUUUAUUUAGAUUCCUUCACUCAAGCUUCAUGUGGCACUAAGACUCUAAGUAUGAUGCAAUGUAUAUGAAUCCUAAACUUAAUUGCAUUUUUAAUACCGCUGUUGAAUUAGCCUCUCCUUUUAAAAUAGAUUUUAGGCUCUCAUUCAAAUUGAUGAUAUAGUGUAUUUUAAAUUAUGGGAUGAUUGAUUAAUGAUGUGAAAUUAUGCUAGUGGAUUGUGUUUGAUUUCA